UUAGAAUUAUUGUUGGUGCUUUUAGUUUUCAACUUUUCGUGCGAUUGUGUGUGGUUACGAACGAGUGCGGCGGAUAAAUUUGCCGCUUUUGCUGUGUUAUUAUUUUUGUGUUUCUUGAUUUUCGAAUUAAUUCAUUUUUCGCAUAAUCAGCUGUGAGAAAAUAGUAUUAGAAAAAUAUCAAGUUGUGUUAAAUGUUAUUAAAUUUAAAUUAAUAAAUUACCGUGGGUUUAUAUUGUAUGAAUCCUUUGUUUACAUUUUUGCAAUAUCGUUGCAUAUAACAAAUUCGAUUGUCUUGUUGUUGUUGUUAUUGUUAUUUUUGCUAGUACGUUGCAAUUUAAAAGACUGACAAGCGCAUGAAAAGUAGAACAUUCCAUAAUAAAUGUAAAUAAUUGUAGUAGUUAUAAAACGGAAAUUUAAUUAAUGCAGUUUGAGUUAUGGCGUCUUGACUAAAGUAGUGAACAGCCAGCCGCAACAUGACUCAAGCCAGUAAAGAAUUUGCAACCCAGACGGCAACAAGAACGACAACCGCAACAACCUCAGAAACAACUCCAACUACGAAACAAAAUUGUGACAUACUUUUAAACAAUUUCCAAAUCAAGAAGAAACAAUAUCGCGUACUGCUGAAUAAUGAUCACAUUGUUUGGGAACGUUUGGAUGCCAAUCGCAGUAGUGCCGGUACCAAUGAAAAGAUUACGAAGAAAGAACUUGAAUUCGAAACAGAGCAGCUCUCCAAUAGAGCCGCGAAUGCUGCAAAAUAUGGUAGCACCAGUAAAUUAAUACAUAUAAACGAAGUAAUUCACGUUGCGAAGGGUAAUACAAAAUCAGCAACAUGUCGUCGUGUUACACAGGCCACAAGCGAUUUUAAUACAACGAUAUCUAGCAACAUCGAGCAACAGCGCCAACAACAUGCCAACCAAUCAACUUCAGCACCCACUGAGCAAUAUUUGACCAUACACUAUGCCGAGCGGAUUAACAAAUCACCAAUCGACUGCAAUCGCUGGCACAUACGCGCACUCACGCUCUACAACUCGGAUCCGUACGUGGUAAGACAAUGGCACGCGUUACUACAAAAAAUACUUAAUAACUCCACGCGUUUGCGUGUACAACGUUUGUUGGUUUUCAUCAAUCCGUUCGGUGGGCGCAAGCAGGGUCUACAAAUGUAUGAGCGGUAUUGUAAGCCUGUCUUUGAGCUCGCUGGUGUGGAUGCAUCGUGCAUAAUAUCACAGCGUGCAAAUCAAAUACGUGAUAUACUUAUGAGUCAUGACCUAGGUUUGUUCGAUGCAGUUUGUUGUGUUGGCGGUGAUGGUACCGUAGCCGAAGUUAUCAAUGGUUUGGUGUUUCGUGCAAUGCGUGAUUUAGGCAUAGAUGCUAUACGUCCUGCUUAUAUACCUAAGCCUGCGUUACCGGUCGGUAUAAUACCAGCAGGCAGUACUGAUACUGUGGCGUACAGUUUGCACGGUACUUCAGAUGUGCGAACUGCAGCUAUACAUGUGAUAUUAGGUCAACGUCGUGGUUUAGAUAUUUGUAGUGUACGCAAUCGACAAGGAAUUGUUCGGUUUUGUGCCAGUGCCUUUUCUUAUGGCUAUUUGGGUGAUGUGGCGGCUAAAAGUGAAAGAUAUCGUUGGAUGGGUACAAAACGCUAUGAAUUCACUGGUGUAAAAUCAUUUCUGCUUAAUCGCGGUUAUGAGGCCGAAAUACGUAUGUUGCUGGAAAGUGAAGAAGAUGUGAAUAGUAGGAACAUGCGUGCUAGUAUUCAGACUAUAAAUACCGCAGAACCUACUUCGACAACAGAUUCUAUUUGUUAUGCUCACUGUCAACGUUGUAGCAUUGCGCCUUCAGUUCAACCUGACGAUGCACUUUCUUAUAAAUUGUUGAAAUCCACAACAAGUGUAACUGAUGGUGAUAUCGAUAAUCAAACUAUAGAUGAUAUGAUGCCCCGUUCAUCAAAUAUAUCACUAAAUGCUCAAUUAAAUGAAACUAAACUGCAAAACGAUCAAACUGAUAAGUGCAUAAAUUUUAAUAUGGAAGACUGUGAUAAAAAUAUCGAAACUGAAAACCGAAUUGAGGAAUUGCUGAGUGUAACUAAAUUAGAAGAUGUGCAAUUAAGAACUGAAUUUAAACCUAAUCAACAAGAAGAAGAUCUUAAACAAAACUUAAAAGCAGACUCUACUUAUGAAGCGCAAAGUAUUCUCACAACCUCAAAUAAUUCCUUAAACAACAAUUCUGUUAGUAGACUGCGAAAUAGUCAAAUACGAGCAGAAAAUUGGAAAAUUGUGAAGGGUCAAUUUUUUAUGAUAACGGGUGCUAAUAUUACUUGCGCAUGUACACGUAGUCCUAAUGGUGUUUCCCGAUACAGUCAUCUGGGAGAUGGCACCUUAGAUCUGGUUUUGGUACGAAAGACUUCGUUAAUUAGUAAUGUUCGUCUAGUUUUAAAUAUGAUGGGGCGCACUGGCGAUAUUCGUAACUUGCCGUUCGUUGAAGUUUACCGCACAAAGAAAUUCUCAUUCCGUACGCCAAAUAUGUUGACAGCUGAUGAUGAGUAUAGUAUCAGUGGAUCUUGCCAACCGAUAACGGCAACGGCGGAAAUUGAAGAUGAUCCUAAUGUAUCAAGCUGGAACUGUGAUGGUGAAGUUGUAACCGAUCUUGAUGUUACAAUGAUUAGUGUUUUAUAG